AUGUUUUGUUUUGUUAGUGUGGUUAACCUCAGAGCAGGAGCUACAAAAGUUCAUGCGGAUGGAAAGUUUUUAAUCGAGUUUUCACGAAGUAGAAGAUUUUGGUAUAGAAAACGGAUUUAUUGCGCUAGUACAACACACUUUCUGCGCUCAGAACACCCUUGCUGCGCUGCAGUAAAACCAAAUGAACACAGUGAUGAUUUAGAUGCCAGCAAAACUACCUCGACUACGAACUUACAAUUGGUGAUGACGAUAGAACAAACUUCUGACCGACGUCGGGCCAGCGCGAGCGUGUGCUGCGAGCUGCUCCUGCUGUGAAUGUCCUAGUGGAAGAAGAUGCGGACUAAUUAAUACAUUUCCCGUGUAACGAUAUUAAAUGUUGUGAUCAUGAUUCAACGUCGCGCAAUGAUACCUAAUGAAAAAGAAAGGGAAAAUCAUUUUUAUCGGAAGCAAAGAAAAAAGCACCUAGCUUUGACUUUGUCGAGCCGGGCGUCACAGCUGCUUCGUUCUGCUUCCCGAGUUCUGUUCACGACUUCUUGUUCUCCUAAAUAUGGUUGUGUGCUGUACUCCUUGCAGCACUUCGAAGGGUUCCUGCCGCUAUACGAGACGAGCCGCCACGGUAGUAAACGC